AUGACACACUGCCACCCUGGACCAUCCUCUCUGUCGUCACAGCCCUUCAGUGGAAAGCUGGACCAGCCAGAUACUCCGAGGGAUGCGAAGCCCCACAGCUCAAUGCCUGAAACGCGUCAUACGGGUACCGCCGACGGAAAGAAGAAUUCAACGGAAGGAGCGUUUGCUCGCAAACAGUUCGCGGAGGACAAGACGGACGAUGCUCCGGGACAGACAAGAUGCGCUCCAGUUGUAGCCGUUGUUGAGUUGGAAUGUCACAGAAACGGAGCGCUUGGGCACCAAUUCAUGGUGUCCCGAUGGGACACAACAGAUUGCGGAGAGCUCCAGAGGCGCAGAGGCUCAGAGGCGGUAACAAAAGGCUGGCGCUCCUUAUCAAGAACGAGAGAUAAACUUGAUGAAAAGGAUAAGACACGAGCUGAGCGAAACUAUCAGAGAGUGGACGAACAGGCUGGUCCGCCUUAG